UCCGGCUCAAUCGCAGUCGGCGACGCGCUCCCGGGGUUAGGAGGCGCGUUGAGUCGGAGCCCGGACGGGGGUUCGCGCCCCGGCUGGCCGCUCUUUGCGGUAUGGAUGCGGAUCUCGCUCUUUGCACCUCGCUGGCUGUCCGAGUUUUUUUUGCUGGGCUACUUUUCAGAAGAUGUAAGAGAGCAUCCGUCUGGUCAUGAUAUUUAAAUCAGCUGAAGAUGCAGCGGAAGGAGUAUAUUUGGCUGAUACUGUCCUGUCGACGUUUUUAUAACCCUUCGUUUAUAGCAAAACAGCUUUUGGAGCGAGAGGGCUUGUAAAAUCCUUGUGCGUGGACUUCCAUUGAUUCUGUGGUCCAAAAUAAGGAUGCAUCUACGAUGAACACUUCUCCUGAAGGAGAGACUGUAAACUCUCUGACAAGAACUCUGUUUAAAAACACAAAUCCUUAAGUGGAACAAGGAAUAAGAGACGGCUCCACAAUGUACAUUAAUCCUCGGAUAGUUAGAAAAUGCCAAUUUAGACAGUUGUUUGUCUUUUGUUUCAUACUGUCUCUCAUGAUAUAUUGGGGGCCACUUGACAACAGUAGUAGUAUUGUGAGCUACGUGAAGUCUCUCAGAUACUACGUCAGUAGCUACAGUUUUGGGAAUGAAAGCCUAUCUGUCAGCAGGAUACCAAGCUAUCAAUACUUGAUCAAUCACCCGGAGAAAUGCUGGCGGCAAGACGUCCUCCUCCUGCUGUUCGUGAAAGCUCCAGCUUGAAACCGCAACCGCAGAGACGCAAUUCGACAAACGUGGGUAAAUCAUCAGGCUCUCUGCCUCAAUCUUAACGCCAACAUCAAGACCCUGUUUGCUUUGGGGCAGGAGAAAGACUCUGCACUGAGAGAGCAAAUGCAGGAGAGGCUUGGGAGGGAAGACAAGAAGUAUGGGGAUAUUAUUCAACAGGACUUCAUGGAUACAUUUCACAACCUGACCACUAAGCUGCUCUUGCAGUUCAGCUGGGUAAAUAAGUACUGCUCUCAUGCCAGAAGUUCAUAAUAAUGUCAGCGAUCUACUUCCAGCAUUUUCAUCCACAUGCCAAAUCUGGUAGCGUACCUCCAGAACCUUGAACAGAUCGGUGUCCAGGAUUUUUUGAUUGGUCAGUUCGCUCAUCGCGGAUUCAAGCUUCCCGUAAGUCCCAAAGAGUGCAAAUAUUAUGUCUCCUAUGAAAUGUACCCGGGGCCUAUUUAUCCUGAUUACACGGCUGGGGCUGCUUAUGUGAUAUCCAGCGACGUAGCUGCUAAAGUAUACAUGGCCUCGCAGACGCUUAAUACGAGCCUUUACAUCGAUGAUGUCUUUAUGGGGCUCUGUGCCAGCAAGGUGGGGGUUGUGCCGCAAUCCCACCCUUUUUUUGCUGGCGAGGGGAAGACUCCGUAUCAUCCUUGUAUUUAUAACAAAAUAUUGACUUCUUCACGCCAUGUAGGAAGACCUCGAAGUCUUUGGAAGCCAGGCUACUUACCCAUCCAAAAAAAGUGUAUAAUAACAUGACUUCUUGAUUUUUUGGGCAUAUGUAUACAAGAUAAGAUAUGAACAUCGUAUGCCGCUUAUGCAGGAGAAUCACGUUAUCGGGAUACUUAUUCCUGCUGGGCUGCACUGUUGUAAUACUUGAAAACCAAUGUGUCCUCGCUGAGCCAAAAACGGAAUGAGAAAUCUCUUCACUAGUUUUUUUUCCCAAUAGCAAAGAAGAAAGAAAUGCAUGGAAAAUGUGAAUACGUGCCUGUACACCUAAUUUACCUCUUUAAUAACUUCACCAAAGUGUCCUUAUAGCUAUUUGAACAAUUUCUUUCCAUAUAGGAUGGUUUGUAUAUUUUCUUCCAACUGGGAUUAGAUAUCCAUUAAUAAACUUAAAAAAAAAAAAAGGUUUACAUUUCUAAACGCUGAGCUACCUGUAGGAAAAACGAACCAGAACUUGGGAAAAGUUAAACCCAUUGCAUAAGAAGUCUGUAUAUUGUGUUUUCUUGUUGCAGUAAGACGUGGAAAUAACACAAAUAAGACAAGUCACGUUGGUGCAACGGUUUUUCACUGCAAGUAAUCAGUAUUUUCUGCCCUUCCCAUUCAUAUCGGGGCAAUUCUUUUUUUAUUAUUAUUA